UGCAGCGUGGUCGAUCCUUCGCUUCGCUUGCACACCAAAAAUCCAAAUCCAAGUCAUCACAGCAUCAAGCCGAUCUCUUUAAUUUCCAUUGCUCUUCAUCCUCCCCUUCCAAGUUCCGAUCGAUUCGAGAGGGAGAGAUCUCCAUCCACUUUUCGGUUUCUUCCGUGACACGCAUACUCGAUCGUCGGUGAUCCUGAGCUAAUCCGGCCAGCAAGAAUGCAACUCGCGAGCUGCCAACUCCCCGCCGCCGCCGCCGGCCGGUCCGGCGGCCGUCCUUCCUGGACGACGACGACACCGCCCGCAUUGACGGUCAUCGUCAAGAAACCCGCCGCCGCGUCGUCGCCCACGCCCACGCGCGCCGCGCGCUGCCGCUGCUCGUCCUCCGGCCGCGACGAGGCGGAGUUCGGCUGCGGCGGCGGCGGCGGCGGGCUGGUGGACGAGGGGAUGGUCGUCCUGCGCCGCCGGAUCCACGAGAUGCGCGCCGCGGAGCGCAACUGGGAGCCGCCCGAGGAGUGGGCGGCGUGGGAGAAGGAAUGGUACGGCACCUACGACGCCGACGUCUGCGAGCUCGCCGGCGCGCUCCGGGCGUUCCUCGUGAGCUCCCGCCCCGGCGUCGGGGUGGGGCUCCUGGCCGUGCUCGUGCUCGCCGUGCCGGCCUCCGCCUUCGUCCUCGUCUCCCACCUCCUCGAUGCUUCACGGGCGAUCAUCUCCAAUCUGCACCACUGAUCAAAUCUGACGACAUGACGAUCUUAUUCGUUGGUUGUAAAGUAUAUAUCUGACAAUGACAACAUGGUUCGUUAUAUAUAUCACGCGCGCCCAAAUAUUAUCUUGUACAUAUAUAUAUCUAUGUAUGCUUGACAUUGCUGGAAACAAUAAUAACAAGGUGAUUGAUCUUGUUUUUUUUUC